GAGUCGCCAUUUCCUUUCCUCUUCGUCUUCUUGGAUGAAGAUUCAUCUCUUUUCUUUCCGAAGAAGUAUCCUGCAAACUUGUCCGAUAAAUCAAAAAAAGAACGGAUUGAUUGAAACUCCUGAUAGGAUCCAAGGUCUUCCUUGAAACAUCUGUUUACUCUUCUGUGGGAUGCAGGGGAAAUGUCCAGAGAGGAGGACUCCUUUCGCAUGCAUGUACACAUCCUUCCCAACGAGAAGUGGGUUUGUAAUUUCUGUGGGUAUGAGUAUAGUGGAGACACGACGAGGAUCAGGGCGCACCUUGCUGGAGUUGCAGGAUAUGGGAUUCAGGGCUGUGAAAACGUCGAUAGCCAAGUGAGAUCAAAAGCCCUCACUGCGUGGAAGGGUAAAAGACCGGCGAAAUCAAGCAACAGGCAACGCUACCUUGAAGGGGGUCCGCAUCUGCGUGCGACUCCGAACGAUGAAGAUGAUUGUAUAGUGACUUCAUUCGCUGCCUUGCCGGACCUAACCUCUGAUGUCAUAAGCACUGUAGCUCCAAGUUCAUCGGCUUUUCUUCCAUUGCCUGAGACUGUGAACAAUGAAGAUGAUUGGACGGUGACUUUACCCGUUGCCCGGCCGGACCCGAGCUCUGGUGUCAUGAGCACUGUAAAUGCAAGGUCAUCAGCCUUUCUUCCUUUGCCAAAGACAAAUUUGCCCAAUCAGUCUCUUCCUCCUCAAAACAUGAACCCUCAGAGGGACUUUUCAUUCUGGCCACGACGCCCUCAAUCUCAUGCGGUUGAUUCUUACCUUCUGCCGCGGAGUUUGAGUCAUCUCAUCCGCGUCAUCCGCCAACCAGACCUUGUAUCUAAAGAUUUGACUAACAUGCUACGCCUAGCGAAUGCAAAAGUGGAAGAACCCAAUACCAAGGUUCCACAAGGCACUUUAUCAAGAGAUCACAAGAAGAAAAUCAAAUAUGGAAGUUUUGGCAGAAAGGAUAGCCUUUCUAAUGGUGGCACUGAAUGGCGUAAAAUUGGUAAAAUCCACGUAUCAAGAAAAGAAAUAGCUAAAGGAAGUAAUGGGACCAUUGUCCUUGAGGGCAUCUAUGAAGGUAGACCUGUUGCAGUGAAACGCCUUGUUCGGGCCCAUUGUGAUGUUGCUUCCAACGAGAUUCAGAUUUUGUUGGCAUCUGACCAACAUAAAAAUAUCGUUCGUUAUCAUGGAGUGGAGUAUGACCCGGAUUUCGUGUAUCUUGCUCUGGAGCGCUGUGCUUGUAGCUUAGACGAUUUAAUUCAAGUACAUUCAGAUUCUUCAAAUAACUCUGCGUUCCCCGGUGAUCCAGCAUCAACGGAUGAUUAUAAAAUCAAAUUGGAUUCUGUUAGGGGUAUGAUGCAAGAUGUUGACUUGUGGCGGGCAGAUGGUCAUCCCUCACCUUUGUUACAGAAGCUGAUGAGAAAUGUGGUAUCAGGACUCAGCCAUUUGCAUGACUUGAGAAUAAUCCAUCGGGACUUAAAGCCUCAAAAUGUCUUGAUUACUAAGAAUCGACCAUUUUGUGCUCAGCUAUCUGAUAUGGGCAUUAGCAAAUGCCUUCCUAAAGACAAAUCUUCCUUGGGAUAUCAUGCCACCGGUUGUGGAACCUCAGGAUGGCGAGCACCUGAACUGCUGCUUCAUGGUGGGCGCCAAACGCCGGCAAUGGAUGCGUUUAGUUUAGGUUGUGUCUUGUGCUUUUGCUUCACUCGUGGAAGACAUCCAUUUGGUGAAAAUCUAGAACGUGACCACAACAUUGUUUGCAACAAAAUGGACCUCUCCUUUGUGGACAUACCAGAAGCUCAUGAUCUGUUUUCGUGUUUACUAAACCAAGAUCCCAAAUUGAGCAGGCCAAAGACAUCGGAGGUGCUUCACCAUCCAUUUUUUUGGAGUUCAAAGAUGAGAUUGACCUUUCUUCAUGACAUCAGCGAUGAAGUAGAAUCGGAAGCUAGGAAAGGCAAUUUAGAUCUUCUAAAUGCAUUGGAGAACAUUGCGCAAUCGGUUUUUGAUGGGAGUUGGGAUGAGAAAAUAGAUAAAGAUGUUAUGGACGACCUACGUCAACACAGACGUAUGCCCUAUGACGGUAGCUGUGUCAGAGACUUAUUGAGAGUCGUGCGAAAUAAGUUUAACCAUCUAAGGCAUGCUCCAGAAAAAGUUAAGGCAAUCCACGGAUCGGAUCCUAAUGGUUUGGAUGCUUACUUCGCGAAACGAUUCUCCAGACUCUUGAUUGAGUCAUACAAAGUGGUGUCCCAAAGCUGCAAAAAGGAGAAAUUGCUUGCGGGAGUACUUUCUAAGUAACGUGCUUUUGACCCUUCGGCCGCUUCCCACGGUGAUUCCUUCUUCAAGCCAGCAGGGUUGGCCAUGAAUAUUACGGGACAUUCCACUUGUCCCUUUUGUUGUGUACGCUGUCUUGGUUACGAGGAUCAAGUUGGACGGGCUUAGUACUCCGUUCGUAUUUUUCCGAAUAUCAAAUUUAAAUAAUUUUAUGGUAUACUAUUGCCGCAUACUUUAAAUGUUUAUUGUAUUGUUCUUGAUAUUGCAUAAACAAAUAUUAUAUUUCAAUUU